AUGAUCUUAUCAAUCGUUUUAGGUCUGAAUCCAAAAGAGGGUGAUUCACCUUCAACAAAUGGUCCACCAAAUGAAUCAACCAUUCGUAAAGCAUACUUUCGACUUGCUAAUAAAUACCAUCCGGAUAAAAAUCCCACCGGUCGCGAUAUGUUCGAGCGUGUGAACAAAGCUUAUGAAUUUCUCUGUGCUGCUUCACGUAUCCAACAAGGACCAAAUGAAUUCAACAUAUAUCUCCUACUUAAAACACAAUCCAUUCUCUAUCGUCGAUACAAAACCUUACUUGCCGAAUACAAAUACGCCGGUUAUCCAUUAUUAAUUCGUAUACUCGAAACAGAAGCGAAAAAUGAUCAACUAUUUUCUGCAGGUAACACAACAAAAGCAACAGCAUUGUUACCAAUUGCGAUUGAAUUACUUUAUUAUACAUUGGAUUGUUCGGAAUUGAAUUGUGAAGAAUUACGUCGUGAAAAUGGUUUAGAAAUCUUGACUCAAGUGUUUCGCCGUUGUUCAUCAGUUAUUACAAAAUCAUCUAAACCUGAUGAUUUCAUUGUUGCUGUGUGUCAAUACUCCGCUCUGUGUUACAGUGUUGCUGGUCAUUUCGAAAAAUCUCGUGAUCUCUUCGUUGAUCCCGAUAAACUUCAAUGUGUAUUGAAAGAAUUAUGUCAUUGCCUAAACUAUACACAUCUCAAAUACUUAUGUUCAUGCGUAUGCAAAGCAGCUAUGUCGCUAUGCAGUAUAGAUGUACGUUUAAGAGAUUUAUUACAUCGGCAUGGAUUGUUCGUUUACGCUGGUCGUGGAUUGUUCAAUUAUGACUAUACAUUAGAUGAAAGUGGUAUUGCUGAUCCAAGUAACAAACAAUAUGUUGACAACCAAUUGGCAUAUGAUUAUUUGCAAACCGUCGCUGCUCUCCUUCCGGAAAAUCCACCAGCUCUAAUGGCUGCUCAAACAUUCUUAACUCCAUACAUUGUUUCACAGUUACCAGAUCGAGCAGUAUUGAAAUUACUCAAUUCCAAUCAGGAACAGCCCUAUUUAGUUUGGGACAACUCCUGUCGACAAGAACUAAUAGAUAAAAUGGAUGAAACGCGUGACUAUCUGGUUAAAAAUGAUUAUAAGUUGGAUACCGAUAGAUUUGGCAAUCCGUCCGAAUUUCGUUACAGCGCUCAUAAGAAUGAAUUGAUCAUCGGUGAAAUCUUCGUUCGCGUUUAUAAUUUACAGCCAACAACCGUGUUAAAAGAUCCAAAGAAAUUUUCCUUAGAUUUAAUCGAUUUCUUAGGAACAAGUUCACAAUAUAUCAAUACACUAAUGUCGAUGCAAAUUCAACAAGAACAGCAAAAGAAAACCAAUGAUGAGAAGAAGUCGCUUGAAGUUCUUCAACAGGAAAAACAGGAACAUAUCUCUCAAGCACUUGAAGCAUUGAAAAAUGUCAUUCGAAAUAAUGUCGGUACCGAAACAUUAUGCAUUGGCCAUUUUAAACUCUUAUUUUCUCUUCUGCGUAUGGAGAACGUCGGACGUUUACAACAAUAUGCAUUAGAAUUGAUUCUUCACCUAAGUGGAUCGAAUGAAUGUGUGAAUGACAUAUCACAAGUUAAUGUGAUUGUCUACCUUUUACUUGCUCUACGUUCGUCAAUAGCCAAUCAGGAGACUACAUUGGAAAUCUUGAAUGCACUUUCAUCAAAUGGUAAAAUCGUGAAAGAUAUCGUGGAAAGUGGCGGUCUGCUUUAUUUACUCGAUAUUUUUUCUAAUGGACAAAAUUCUAAUCUACGCGAACAAGCCGCGAAUGUUUUAUCGAAACUAAUGAAUGAUCGGUUGCAUGGUCCACGUAUACGCUUACAAUUGAUUAAAUAUUUACCAAAUCUAGUUAUUGAUGCUAUGCGGGAAUCAUGUGAAACGUCAAUUCAAUUAUUUGAAACUACACAUGAAAAUCCGGAAUUGAUUUGGAAUGAUCAUACACGUGAAAUGACUUGUGAACGUAUUGGUAAACAAUUGAAUGAAUUCUAUGUGCAACAACGAGUUGCGCCGACAGAAACGAAAUGGUCAAUUGAUGAUUCGUAUCAAUUGCUGGGCGACGAUGAAGAAACACAACGAAUCCAACAGAACGAAUUGGUCGUUGCUGGAGUGUAUGUUCGAUUAUUAAUUGCUAAUCCUGGUUGGGUUGUACGACGACCAAAGGAAUUUCUUACGGAAUUACUUAGCCGAUGGACUGUACAUUCCAAACAACCUGAACAACUCCUAAUGUCACAUACAGAUGAAUUUGAAAUGUUAACGCAAUGUUUAAUUCAAUUGUUACAUGCACAACCUACCCUAUGCGAACAUCUACCAUCGAUCGGAUUUUUACCAUCGAUUGUACAAGCAUUGGAAUGUAAAGCCAAUGAUGCUAUCGUGGCAUCAGCUAUUAAAAUACUUUUUGCUCUGUGUAAAUCAGAUGUUUGUAAACAAACAUUUUCUACUAAAUGCCCACAAAUUAUCAGUGGAUUCAAACAAGCGAUGCAAACACGUCGGGAUCAUCUCGGACUUAUGGCUGAAUGUUUACAUGAUCUAUUUCGAACUCCAGCACCAGCUACACCUGAUGAAUUCAUCAAAGAAGCCUUACGUUGUCAAUUGAUCGAACACAUUCUAACAUUACUCGAUCAAUCGUUAGCCGAUGUUGAGAAACCAGGUUCAUGUAAAGCACACCUAGUCGAUUCUUGUAAAUUAAUGGCUGAAUCAUUAGUCUAUGGUGAGCAAGUUUCGCGUAUACUUCAAUCAUCAACCGUAUGGAAUGAUUACAAAGAUCAACGACAUGAUCUUUUCAUCCAAACAUCAUCCCAUAUGCAGGCAUUAACAGGCGGUUCUACUGGACCACAAAUCGCAGGUUAUUUAACAUCAUCUGUGUCCACAACAACUGCUGGCAAACAAAAUAUGACUGUACCCCCACCGUUGAUGGAUAAUUAA